AUGAGUAGCGAUGAUGAACGGUAUCAAGAGGACGAAGACGACGACGACAAUGAUGAUCACUAUUACAUUGAUCCAUCAUUUGAACCUUCUACGCCAAUUGUUACACCUCCAACAUCGUCUCAAAAUCCAUUGCAAUCAUCAAAACGUCCAAAACAGUACUUAUCAGGUGAACGAUCAAUGUUACCAGCUGACACACAUCAACAAGAUAAUUUUGAAUAUGUUGUUUUAACUCAAGAAGAAAUUUGUAAAUAUAUGGUUGAAUGCAUUAAAGAAGUGAAUGAAGUUAUUAAAUUACCAUCCACAACUGUUCGUUUAUUAUUACAUCAUUUUCGUUGGGACAAAGAAAAAUUAAUGGAACGAUUCUAUGAUCCAAAUCAUCAAGAGGAACUGUUUCGUCAAGCACGUAUUGUUAAUCCAUUUAAAAAACAGCAACAACCACAUAUACCCUCACAACGACAUACACGUCGACAAAAUUCAACGACAACUGCAUCAGCAUCACCAUCAACUAUCAUCAUAAAUCCAUUAAAAAUAGACCAACAAAUAUGUGUGAUAUGUUGUUCUCAAAAACUAUCACAUGAAAUGGCUGGUCUUGAAUGUGGACAUAUAUUUUGUACUAGUUGUUGGCAAUGCUAUUUGACAACGAAAAUAAUGCAUGAAGGAAUUGGACAAACGAUCUCGUGUCCGGCUAAAUGUGAUAUUUUAGUCGAUGAUAAAACAGUUCUAACUUUGAUUGACCAUCCAGAUGUACGACGAAAAUACCAACAUUUAAUAACAAAUAGUUUUGUGGAAUGUAAUCGAAACAUGAGAUGGUGUCCAGGAAAAAAUUGUACAAAUGCCAUUAAAGCUCCAUAUUGUGACGCACAAUUAGUAACAUGUACAUCGUGUCAUACAUCAUUUUGUUUUCAAUGUUCGGAACAGUGGCAUGAACCAAUCAAAUGUAAAUGGUUGAAAAAAUGGCAAAAAAAAUGCCGUGAUGAUAGUGAAACAUCAAAUUGGAUUGCAGCAAAUACAAAAGAGUGUCCAAAAUGCCAUGCAACAAUAGAAAAAAAUGGUGGUUGUAAUCAUUUGAUAUGUAAAAAUUUGAAUUGUAAAUAUGAAUUUUGUUGGGUAUGUUUGGGUUCAUGGGAACCACACGGUUCAUCAUGGUAUAAUUGUAAUCGUUUUAAUGAAGAUGAUGCUAAAAAAGCACGUGAUGAACAAGAACGUUCACGUGCCGCUCUUCAACGAUAUUUACAUUAUUAUAAGCGUUAUUAUAAUCAUCAUGAAUCUUUACGCUUAGAAGAUAAAUUAUUAGAAUCAGUACAAAAACGUAUGGAAGCAUUACAACAACAAAUGUCAUGGAUUGAAGUACAAUUUUUACAAAAUGCUUGUGAAGUAUUACGACAAUGUCGUCAAACUUUAAUGUAUACAUAUCCAUUUGCAUUCUAUUUAAAACGUAAUAAUCACUCAAUUAUUUUCGAACAAAAUCAGGCUGAUUUAGAGCAUGCUACAGAAGAAUUAAGUGGUUAUUUAGAACGAGAUAUUUCACAGACAAUGACAAAUUUAAAUGAAAUUAAACAAAAAGUACAAGAUAAAUAUCGAUAUUGUGAUAUUAGAAGAAAAGUUUUGUUGGAUCAUGUUUAUGAAGGUUAUGAUACCGAAUAUUGGGAAUAUUGUGAAGAUGCUUAA